CCCAGCAUCUAUAAAAAGCGCUCCUAUUCCCUAUGGUUUCUUCCGUGUUUAUUGGGAUUUCUCGAAAUUCAAAAACGGUCUAUCUUUCGUUCAGACAAUUUCAAUCCGAUCGUUCAUCAAUUUGUAAGUAAAAGCUCUGAUUCAUUUUUCAGUUCUUUAAAUUCAAUCUUUUCAUCUGUAUAUCGUCUAAGAAUAGGUUGGCUACUCUGUUUUUUUCGAUUUUUGAGAACUAACAGAGUUGUAUAUAAGUACUCUAAACCCUAAAUUUCUUCUCAUUUUUAGCUGAUUAUUAUUAGCUGAAUCUAAAGAAGUUUGUUGUAAGCAUGCAUACUUGUAGUUCUCUGGGAAUUUCUACCAUCAAACCUUGUAGGAUUCUUAUUGGCUUCAAAUCAUCUUCGAUGUUUGGAACAAUCGCAUCUCCCAAGCUAAAGUACAAGAGGAUCGGUAGAUUUUCGAAAUUAGAGCCAAAUGGGUGUAAAGUUAUAGGGUCUGUACAGGUUGUCGAUAAGUUAAGUAGGAGAUGUUUUUGUUUUUCUAAUGGUUAUCGGUUGUAUAAAGGUAGCAGUGAUAGAAAUAGGCAUUUGAUUGCAAAUGUAGCUUCGGAUUUUAGAAAUCAGUCGACGUCGGCCGAGUCUUAUGUCAAACAGAAGAGUUUUGACGCAAUCUAUAUUAAUGGAGGGUUUAAGGUUAAGCCAUUGGAGAUUGAGAGUAUUGAGACGGGUCAUGAUAUUGUUAAAGAAGAUAAAAAGGUGUCUGAGGUUGAGGGAUUGGGUAGUUUGAAGGGUUCUAAUUACUCUAGAGUUGAGAGAGAGUUGUCCAAGAUUGAAAAGGAGGCAUGGGACUUGCUUCGAAACUCUGUUGUGUUCUAUUGUGGACAUCCUGUUGGAACUGUUGCUGCUAAUGACCCAGCUGAUGCUCAGCCACUGAAUUACGACCAGGUCUUUGUUCGUGAUUUUGUACCAUCGGCCUUGGCCUUCUUGUUAAAUGGAGAAGAGGAGAUUGUCAAGAAUUUCCUCCUUCACACCUUGCAAUUACAGAGUUGGGAGAAAACUGUCGACUGUUACAGCCCUGGACAAGGGUUGAUGCCAGCAAGUUUCAAAGUCAGAAGCCAACCUCUUGAUGGAAGCGAUGGAGCUUUCGAGGAAGUUCUUGAUCCUGAUUUUGGUGAAUCUGCCAUUGGUCGUGUUGCACCAGUCGACUCUGGGUUGUGGUGGAUUAUUUUGUUAAGAGCUUAUGGAAAGAUCACAGGAGAUUACACAUUGCAGGAACGAGUUGACGUACAGACAGGCAUAAGACUGAUCCUUAAUCUUUGCUUGACGAAUGGGUUUGACAUGUUUCCUACCCUGUUGGUCAGUGAUGGUUCCUGCAUGAUUGAUAGACGAAUGGGCAUUCAUGGACACCCACUUGAAAUUCAAGCAUUGUUCUAUUCUGCCUUACGCUGCUCCAGAGAGAUGCUGAUUGUUAAUGAUUCAACCAAGAAUUUGGUGGUUGAACUCAACAAUAGACUUAGUGCACUCUCCUUCCAUAUCCGAGAAUAUUACUGGGUCGAUAAGAACAAAAUCAACGAAAUUUAUCGUUACAAAACAGAGGAAUAUUCUACUGAUGCUGUAAAUAAGUUCAAUAUAUAUCCUGAACAAAUUCCUAGUUGGCUGGUUGACUGGAUUCCUGAGGAGGGCGGUUAUUUUAUUGGCAAUCUACAGCCUGCGCACAUGGACUUCAGGUUUUUUACGCUCGGGAAUCUUUGGUCUGUUGUGUCAUCACUUGGGACUCCAAAACAAAAUGAGGGCAUUCUGAACUUGAUCGAAGCCAAAUGGGAUGAUCUUGUGGCUAACAUGCCUCUCAAGAUAUGCUUCCCAGCUAUGGAGUACGAGGAAUGGCGCAUAAUAACUGGCAGUGACCCUAAGAACACUCCUUGGUCGUAUCAUAAUGGAGGUUCUUGGCCAACACUCUUGUGGCAGUUCACACUGGCUUGCAUCAAGAUGGGGAGGCCAGAGCUUGCAAGGAAUGCCAUUGCAGUCGCUGAGAAAAAGCUUUCAGUUGAUCGUUGGCCCGAGUACUACGAUAUGCGCAGUGCAAGAUUAAUUGGGAAGCAAUCACGACUCUUCCAAACAUGGACCAUCGCCGGUUUCUUGACAUCCAAGUUGCUUUUGGAGAAUCCAGAGAAGGCGUCUCUGUUGUUCUGGGAGGAGGAUUACGAGAUUCUUCAGAACUGCGUUUGUGCACUCGGCAAAGGCAAUGGAAACAAGUGCUCUCGCCAUCGCCAGCAUCCGAAACCAAGUAAUCCUAACCAUUAAACCAAUAUAUGUUUCUUGCUUCUAACGAAUGAUUCUUUGGAGGGGCUUUUUUUCCUUCUUCCUCUGAUUCUGUGUGUAUAGAAAAAUACAAUUCUUGAGGCUCAAAGUUUUUUGAAGAGUCUCUAAUAUUCCUUGUGGGAAUUAAUAAUGUAUGAUUAUUACCACUUCAUUUAUAUGUAAUCCAAAAC